AUGGUGCCGUUGAAUAGUGCAGAAAGUCUCACAAGAUUUUUAAGAUCCAAAGACAUUAGCACGCAAGAAAUAUACGAUAUUUCAGUUUCGUUGUUGGAAGGGAAGUAUGAUAUAUAUUUCCCACAGGGUCAUAUAUUCAUACUAGAACUAAUUAUUGAUAGGUGGAACGAUUCCAAAAACACGAAGUUUAGAGAAGACACUAAUAUAUGGGAAGCAUGGAGACUUUUAUGGCCCACAGUUAAAUCUGAUGAUCAUAAAAAGAAACUAUUGAAGAAUCUUCGAAUCGUACAGUUAAUCAACCAAACUUUUAAUGAGAUGAAUUAUGGGGAUUCUAAACUAUGCGCACUUGUUUAUGAAAUGUUGAAGAGUGCUAAUGCUUGCAUGAUUACUGCAGUUUCACCAGAGACUGCAUUGAAAAUAUUGGGAAGAGUUAUAGAUGUUGUUCUAUCCUGUGAUUUCGUCAGCGAUGCUGCUAACAAGAAGCAACUUAUAAUAUCAGAGGUGUUAUCCUUUACGGAUUUAGCCAAUCUCACGGAGGUACCUAAGAAGGUCUCACCAGUUUACUGUUCAGAUUUACUGCUACCUUCUUUAAAGUACCUGCAGCAGGAACAAGCAGUCGAAGACACAUCUUACAACAUUUCUAGCAUACUAUCCAAUUUCAUGAAAAAAUUCUUGUUCGAAUCUAGUCGAGACCUAACUUUAUCAAUGAAAGAUUUUAUAUCGCUACACAAAGAAAGUUUAACAACUGAUAUUUGUCUUCAACUUUUCACCAACUGCAUCAUCGUUGGUAAUUGCGACUCAAAAACAUUAGAAGUUGUUCUAAAGCUGCUAAUUGAUAUCAAUCCUACACUUUGCUCUAGUUUAUUGGCAACACUCAAUUCUUACAAGAAAUCCGUAUCUCAAGAGUUUUUAGAGUCACUUUUCGAUUCUGUUAUUAAGAAUAAGGACUGGGAUAUUAUCAAGAGGAUUAUUGAAAUGAAUAUUGAAAUUGGUAUUUUGAAGACGAAAGAUCUCAUGGAGCUAUUAGAAAUUGCAGAUGAUGAUUCCAAACUAAAAGUAUGGUCAUCUUUAGUUAACUGCCACGUUAACGCAAGAGAAUUCACGAACUUAUUAGCUAUUUGGCAAGAUUAUUGCAAAGUGAAUACGUUCUCUGUAUUCAUAAAAGAUUCAAAAUUGACCGCUGUUAUUUCUAAAAACGUAUCGAUGUUAUCUGCCACCCAGACUCGUACACUGAUCACGGAUUUAGUUGAUGUGAUAAUGAGCCAAAAUGAUAUUCACUCAGUAAAGGUAUUGCAAGUAAUUGUAUUAGGUUUCAAAGCAUUAUCCUACAGUCAUUCUCUAGAAUUCAAAUUGUAUUUGUCAAAACUAUUCGAAUUAGAAGAUUUUUAUGCACCAGAAUUUUGGCAACUAAAGUAUCAUAUUCUAGAACUAUAUGAUGAGCUUCUAUCUGAAGUCAGCUUUUCAGUGAAGGAUAUAACUACAUUACUAGAAUUAGAUGAAAAAGACUUCAGUAGUGAUUUGUUUUUCACAGUUUUCAAGUUUAGAGAAUUAAAAUCUUUUGACCUAUCCCCAUUCUUGUCUAGGUUCCUGAAAUAUAUCGAAGGGAUUAAUGAAGAAGAACUCAAAUUGGUACUUUUGCAACUAUUUACACGUUGGUCAACUCUGGUGGACCAACUUUUUGAUAAGAACAGCAUAAUUCAUUUAGUAAAAAAAGUGUUACAGCAUACUGAAAUUUUACCCGAACUAUUUGAAAAAGAAGACUUCUUUGAAGAAGGAAAUAUCGUUCACGCUCUUGUAUCUGAAUUUAUUGACGAUAUCAGCUCAGAACUGUACCUGCAUUACUUACUAAGAGUCCCUAUACAAUGUUUGAAUAAAAACAUUAGAUUAAAAAUCUUGGACAGAAUUAUUGAGAAAAAAGAGUUGAAACAAAUUGAUGUGGAACUUCUUACCCGCGUGUUGGGCAACCCUACAUUUAGAAGUAAGAUUGAAACAGAUUACCAAACUAUGUUGUCUUUUGUUGACAAUCCUAUUUUUCAGUAUAAAAUGGAAAAUCCUGUGAUAAAUGCCGUUUGGAAAAACUUACUUCUUCAAAGAAAAGAUAGUAAAUCUGCAACAAAUAUCGACUCUUUAUUGCAAAAUAUCCAAAAUUCUCUUUCCGAGUCCUUUUCCAAAAGUACCUAUGCAUUAUUGCAUGCGAUUCUAUCUUCUUCAAAGGAUACUGAAUCCAGUUUCAAUGUUUUAAGAAGGCAAUUUAUAAGUUGUAUUAUUGACGAAAUCAAAAACUAUUCAGGAAAGGAUGAAGAACUACUUGCUUGGCUUCUCAAAGUUUUAUUUGUUCAAGUAAAAGAUUCAGCCACCAAAAUUACCAUUGGUCCUCUAUUUUCUGCCGAGUCUCCAAUACCAGCAAAUGUUGAUGUGAAGGCAGCAUACUUCGCUGUAGUUACACUAGACUUCAAUGAUAAAAUAGCAUAUUUGCUUGCGCAGUACAUGGUGUUAGUAGAAGAAGGAGCCCCUAAGGAACUGCUAUUAAAUGCUUUGGAAAACAAAAUCUCAACUAGAAUGUCAGAGGACCUGGCAGAUUUCAACUUUGCCUUACAACUAAUUUCAAAUACAACUCAGGAAUUGGAAUCUGAAUAUUCUGAUGCUGUCAUAGAUCUAUUUAAACUGUUCGCUGGUUAUAUUUCAAAGGAAAACGAAAUAGGGAAAAGGACUUUUGUGUCAACCAUAUCUCACAUUGUGACAAAUUACUCUAGAGAUGUAAUCAGUACUCAUGGACUGUUGUCACUAAUGUCAUUAAUAAAUGAAUUGUUGGUAACAAAACCAUUUAUCUUCUCCCAAUACUGCACGGAACUACUGUUUUCACUAACAUCAAAAGUACUCGAUAAUUACACAUCCGUGUCUAUCAAUGCAGGUAUAGUAUCAGAAGUGAAUUCGGAGGGAUCAGCAGAUGAUAUUGUAAUCAGUUGUACCCAUAUGCUUUCUUCUUUGCUUAUGUUCCAUCGUUUCAAAUUAUCAAACCGUUCUCAUUUGGUGAAUAUUUUAAUUUGUCAGUUAUUAGAACUCUUGGCAGAUUCAAAUAGAGGUCUCACUUUAAACUCAGCAAAGGCAGUUACACGGUUCAUAUGUAACUUUUGCGAACCAUCUAACGUUAGGAAUAACAAACAGUCAUCGUUAUCUUCUGCUGUCUCUAAUGUAAAAAGAUCAUUAAGGAAACAAUUGCCAGUAAUUCUUUUGAAAUUCAUCAAACUAUCCAUAACCAAUCCGUUCCCAGUUACAAUAAAGAAAGAGUUAAUGCUUGCGGUAUAUGCUUUGUUCGACUUACUUUCUCAAACAGAAAUGAACAUAAUAAAUGCUAGUUUGGAUAGUAAUGGUAGAUCGUACUUCAAAUCAUUGCAUGCUGAUUACAAAAAGAGUGGUAAAUGGCAUGAUGAUUGA